AGAGAGAGAGAGAGAGAGAGAGAGAGAGAGAGAUAGACGUGUGUGUGUAUGUGUGUGUGGGAGCUGCAGGCGUUUUGUUUUCUUCAUCAUUCAGGAAACGACAGCGAGUGGAAAACCAACGCUCAAGACAAUCAAUCAGAGAGAAAAACAGAUGUGAGACAGACGCUGUCUUCAUCUCUCACCUCAGAGCGGCCGUGUGCUCUCUCACUCUCUCUCCAUCCUUUCUGCACCUCUGAGGACGAACCCCCCCACCCCGUCUGCCAUCACAUACAGAGAGGGAGAAAAUAAGACUGAGCUUUUAUUCAUUUCUCGUCUGCUCCGUUCUUCUUUCGGGAGCGAGCGGCUUGCCCAUGUCCGUCAACUCGGAAAAAUCUUCUUCUCCGGAAAGGCCCAACACACAGAAGGUUCCCUCAGCACCCCCCCCUCCUCCUCCUCCUCCUCCUCCUCCCCCCCCACCCGAGCCAGUGGUCCCUUCGGAACCAGAGGAGGAGAUUUUGGGCUCUGAUGAUGAGGAGCAGGAGGACCCAGCGGACUACUGCAAAGGUGGAUAUCAUCCGGUGAAGAUUGGAGAUCUUUUAAUGAUAUACCAGGUGAUCCGCAAACUGGGCUGGGGUCAUUUCACCGUGUGGUUGUGCUGGGAUAUUCAAGGGAGCCGUUUUGUUGCUAUGAAGGUUGUGAAGAGUGCACAGCACUACACAGGACGGCGCUGGAUGAUCAAACUCCUCAGAUGUGUGCGUGAGACAGAUCCUGAAGACCCUAAUAAGGACAUGGUUGUUCAGCUCAUAGAUGACUUCAUCUCAGGAGUGAACGGGAUUCAUAUCCUUACAGUGCGGUUGUAUGUGUGUAUGGUGUUUGAAGUUCUUGGUCAUCAUUUACUCAAGUGGAUUAUAAAGUAUUAUCAGGGUUUGCCGUUACCAUGCGUCAAGAGUAUCAUCAGACAGGUUCUGCAGGGGUUGGAUUAUCUGCACAGUAAAUGUAAGAUCAUCCACACAGACAUUAAACCAGAGAUUAUUCUAUGUGGUGGACACACCUUCAUUCGGAGGAUGGCUGUAGAGGCCACAGAGUGCGAAGCUGGAGCUCCACCUCCGUCUGGAUCUGCCGAUCAGAUUUCCUCUUUUAUAAUGUACACGCCAUUGUGUCUGUCUGUCAGUGGGAAGAUCUCCAGGAAUAAAAAGAAGAAGUUGAAGAAGAAGCAGAAGCGUCAAGCAGAGCUCCUGGAGAGACGGAUGCUGGAGAUAGAAGCUCUGGAGCGGGAGGCAGAUAAACAGAAAGCUCCAAACUCCGCCCACGGCCCUGCCCUGGCGCUGGGGGACAGCGAGGAUGAUGAAGAGGAUGAAGAAGAUGCUGAAGAGGUAGAGCGUGGAGGACAGAAAGAGCGGCCUGUCAGACUCACUAACCACACAUGUGCUGAGGCUCACCAGCAGGAUGUCCAGGACAAUGAGACCACUAGACACACGCAGACGCUCCACCUGAAGAGCAGCCGAUUCCAGAGAAACAGGAAGAGGCGGAAAGCCCAAGAAACAGAAGACGCAGAUAAAAAUGAAGAAACGAGAGAUGAAGAGGAGACCGAUGAAGAGGAGUCCACACCUCACAGAAGUCAGAGCCCAGCUGAACACGUCACGAGGUCGAAAGAGCAGGAACAGAUGAAGAAAAAGAGACGUGAGACAAAAGACAAAGAGGAGCAUGAAUAUGAUGAGGAUGAAGAUGAUGAUGAGGAAGAGGAUGAAGAGGAGAAGUGAUGAUGAGGUCAGGACGAUUCCAGCAAGGAUCGUGACGACGCCUCCAAAAUCAAACGGUCAUGUGAUCACGGGUCGAAGCAAAGGGAUCGUCUGUCACCUCCCGCGCCCGCAGUGUGUUCAGCAUCACCGCUGCUCUGCCCGCUGGUGGAAUCUGAGAACAGCACGACUGACCGCGACGCCUCUGACGCGUCUUAUGAACUUUUCAAUGGAAAAACCACCAGACUCACCAACGGCUCGCGGCACCGCGGCACCACGCCACGCUACCCUGAGCUGCCCCUGGACCCUCAGCCAAACGAUUUUGAGCGAGAUGAAGCCCUGCCCCUCACCGUCACUGCCGACCGCAGCCGAACCGUAUCGUCCUCCAGUACAGGAGAGACGCCCAAAGUGAGGCUCCGAUCGGCUGAUCUGCUGGUGAAUCCUUUAGAUCCACGAAACGCCGACGUCCUGCGAGUUAAAAUAGCUGAUCUUGGCAAUGCAUGCUGGGUGCACAAACACUUCACAGAGGACAUCCAGACCCGUCAGUAUCGCUCAGUGGAGGUUCUGAUCGGAGCGGGUUACAGCACACCUGCUGACAUCUGGAGCACCGCCUGUAUGGCGUUCGAGUUGGCGACAGGUGACUAUCUGUUUGAACCUCAUUCAGGUGAAGAUUACUCUCGUGAUGAAGAUCAUAUUGCUCACAUCAUAGAGCUUCUUGGCUGUAUUCCUCGACACUUUGCUCUUUCUGGAAAAUAUUCUCGAGAGUUCUUCAAUCGGAGAGACCACAUCGCUCUGAUUAUCGAGUUACUGGGAAAAAUUCCUCGAAAGAUCAUUGCAGCAGGAAAAUACAGCCGUGAUUUCUUCUCUAAGAAAGGUGAGCUGAGGCACAUCACCAAACUCAAGCCGUGGUCUCUGUUUGACGUGCUGGUGGAGAAGUACGGUUGGUUGGCCGAAGACGCCGGUCACUUUACACAUUUCCUGCUGCCCAUGCUGGAUAUGGUUCCAGAGAAACGCGCCUCGGCUUCCGAAUGCCUCACCCACCCCUGGCUCAACUCGUAGCGCUUCUCUCGGACCCACGGACGCCUCCCUGUGGACGUGUCCUGAACUGAAGUCUGCCGUCCGCCUGGGGAGGAAGGACAGAAGAGGGAGGGGCUGUGAGAGCGUCACGGGUGGGCUCACUUUAAAUGAAACACCGUUUUCCUCGUUCGACAGAACACUGAAGUGACGGGAGUGUGCGGUAACUGCGUGGAAGACAAAGUCAUCAUUUCAUUGGGUCUCCUUUCGUUUGAACGCUGUGUUUUCUGGAAAGAACGUGUUAAAUGAAAAGUGCGACUCAUUGUGUUUGGUUUAGGAUUUGUAACACAAACCUGUCAUGAAGAAUUUUCUCCGAAUAGUCCAGAUAUGAUGCUGUCAAACGUUUGGUAAUAAUAAGAUCAUCUAUAGACCCCCUAAUCAUUUAUUUUAACUGCAAUGUCUCUGACUGACCCAACAAUGAUUUAUGAUCAGCUGUGUGCGUGUUUGCUAGUUGUUGUUUGUCCAAUCACUGACAUCCUAGACGCCCACCUGAGUCCCUCUGAAUGCAGCUCCGCCCCUUUCGCUAGCCCCACCCCCAAAGCAAAGGUGAAAUCGUGAAAGGUUCUUCAACAGAGCUGUUUACAAACCUCCGCACAAACCACGACAGCUGUAUCUGAAUAUCUACAGCAAAACUUUCAAUGCAAAACUCUUUUCUGCUGCUCGCUGUGGUUGAAGACAGCUUCAGAUCAUGUGCGGGUUUUGUUUCGGUUGUGGCUCCACCGAUCCGUCCGAUUCGACAUUCCCGAGUCUACAGAAGUGAUCUGCUAACAAUGAUCUGACAGGACGGCCGCUUCUUGUGUUCGUUCAGGGAAAAACUGUCCAGAAACUCUCAACUGCUUGAGUGCAAGAGCAUCACGCACGUGGACUGAAUGUUCAAAACACACCAUCCACAUCACAGUUAGUCCAGUUGCCUAUUUUCGCAAUAAAAAGAUAAGUAGACGGUGAAAUAUUUUCAUUAAAAAAGAAAACAAAUCUUCUCUGAUGUUGUGACAGUGGCAAAGUUUUAGUCGUGAUAAGGUGAUAGUGUUUUGUCUAUUUAAGAUGUUUGAUUUCUUGGUGAUUUUUUAUUUAUUAUUAUUAUCUUCACCUCUCCCUUGAUAAUAUCGGGUAGUGCUGCUCUGUAAGGAACUCCUGUUACACUGACAAGUCUGAUCAAACAUUUUUGCAAUAAUAGUGAUUUAUGAUGAUGAUUUUUUGCACAGAAAGCUCUGGAUGUGUCUCAUGCAGACUGUUCUUCCCAGCGUCAACACGACUGCAUCUCAUCAAAAGAUUUAAUAAAGGUUUAAAGGAAUGAAUCGCAUCCA